AUGCUUUUCAGCAGCAAGCCCCUGACCUCAGCCCUGGUGGCUAUAGUGACGCUCUCGAUCGCCGUGUCUGCCUCGCUUGAUUCUGUCGAGCAGCAUCUUGCCUCCCGUGAUGCUACCACCUUCCAAUCAAGCAAGGAAGCUUCCGGCAAGCUUGCCACGCCCGUCGACCUGACCAAGACAAAUGUCUCACCCCAAGCUGUCUUCCAGCUGACAGGUCAAGACCUUCACAGUGUCCUGCCUGACAGCGCCUUAGACGUGACUUCUUCUGAACAGUCGGCUGUAGCUGUUCCAGGCAAAGCUUCCCCUGCUGCGCUCGCAGCCGUUGCUAACGGCGAUGAUCCGGCCAACAGAGGCCACUGCUCUCUCGGCCAAGAGACCAUCAACAUCAAGCGUAUCCGUUACACCAUGAGAAUGCAAGUUGACAGUGACGAGAGCGGUGUAGUGGAGGGCGCUGGGGCCGAUUCGCUGCAUGGAGUGGUUGUCAAGGCUACUUCGGGUCUUUACUCGACUCCGAACCCUGACAAGGGGUCAUGUGCGAAGACACUGGCCCGACACGGUGAAAACUGUGCCAAUAGGCCGUACAUUGUGCCGCAGUCGAUGGUUCCCUCGACUGCUCCUGGUACUGAUUCGGGUGCCGAUGCUGGUACAGGAAAGGCGAAGCCUGACUCGAAGGAGCCAGCAUAUCACGCUGGACCUUACAUCACGAAGCGGUCAUCGCCUGAUGUUCAGCCGCUUGGUGACUGGAAGAAAGCUGACAGAGCUGCCGACCUUGUCUUUAAACGAGGCGAAACUGAUGCCACCGCUGCUGCCCCCAGAUACCGUACCGACCUCAUGUCGUCAGGUGCUCACACGACCAUCAGCGGCCCUGGAGGCUCCAUCUGCAUCGACACGGUCAAGCGCGACAAGCAAGUCACCAAAGUGGUCCCCACUCGAGCCCACAAGACGGCUACUCGGGAACCGGGCGCUCCGCUCCACUUCGAGCUCGUCCGCAGUGACGACAAGGCCAACACGUGGAACCAGAUCAUCUACAACGCCAACGGUGAACCCAUUGACAUUACACAUCUCUCCAUCACCUCCAACAUGUCAUUUUGGCGUGCCGAGUACUACUGCGCCGACUGCAAGGAAGGCCACCGCAAGCACACGGUGGUGUACGAGGACGUCGAGAUGGAAGUGGAUGUGGAAGACGAGCAUAAGAUGCCGAAAGUGCAGUGCGAUGGACAGGCUCAGUCGACCAACGUUCAUAAGAGGGUUACCAGCAAGUACGCCCACAAGAACAGGUCGGGUGUCGAGUACAGCGGGGCUAUCUUUUCCAUUGAUCGCGUUGGUUUGGGUGAGUUUGAUGUCAAGGGCAAGGGUGAUAUUGCGAUUCACAGCGAGGGUCAUGUCCAGCCCAUCUCGGGUAGCAUCCCUGCCACCGGUCGAGCCAAUGAUCAGGAACAACCUCCUUCUGUAGAGGAGUCAAAGACGACAGAGACGCCUGAGAAGCCAGGGAGUGUCAACAAGCGCGAGGUUAUCGUGGAACAGGACGGCCCAAUCUUCUGA